GGCGUAGCUCUCGUCACUGGUGCUGGUCAGGGUAUCGGCAAAGCCACCGCCCUCUCCUUUGCAGAAUCCGGCGUCCGUGGGCUAGUCCUUGCUGGGCGAACACCCGCCCCCCUCCACGCUACCGCCAUCGAAUGCAAAGCCAUCGCCGAGAACCCCGAAUUUGAUGUCCUCGUCGUCCCCACCGAUAUCAGCAUCGAGGAAUCCGUCAAGAACCUCAUGAAAACUGCCGUAGACCACUUCGGACGAGUUGAUUACUGUGCGAACACGAUGGGAACCAAGAUGAAGUUCUCCUCUAUACCCACCGAGGAUUGGCUUGCUAUUCAGCAGACGAAUAUUAACGGCAUCUUCUGGCUUGUACGAGAGCAAAUUAGCGUCAUGGAGAAGCAAGAACGACUGGUCACGCCUAUCACCUCUCCCAAGCGUCCGGCCGAGCGUGGGAGUAUCGUCGUGCUCAGUGCAGCGGCAGCAGUGAUAGCCUUGCCUGACGGAGGAGCUUAUACACACACGAAAUACGCAACAAACGGCUUGACGAAAGCUGCCGCGCAAGACCACGCCUCGAACGGUAUCCGUAUCAACGCCAUUCUCCCCGGGUACAUCUACACCGAAGGACUGGCCUCUCACCCCGCAGCCACACCAGAAGCUGCCAAGCGGAUCGUCGACGGGUGCCCUCUCGGACGCUUCGGCGAAGCAGGCGAGAUUGGGGACCUCAUCGUCAUGAUGAGCUCACCACGGAACGGCUUCAUGAUAGGGAGCAGCGUCUUAGUUGAUGGCGGGCAGACGUUGAGCGGGGAGUAGAUUCCUGCAAUGCAAUUGUUCUUUCUUUGCUCUGCUGCCUGAUGUCUGUGUGAACUUUCGAUACGGGACCUGAGGUACCGCGCGACGAAGGGCCAGACCAUACGACCUCGAGCCGAAACGUCACAAUUUAAUCGUGGCCUUAUCACUGGGGGAGAGUCCUGUCCAGGCAGUCAUUCAUUGCGGCAAGGCUAUCAUUUCUCGCAGAUAUUCCGUUCUCUACCUGCCGCCUGCGGCCUCCUCUUGAUAUAUCAAGGCUAUUACCGAAUAGCUUGCUACCGCAUGGCCCAAUCUUCCUUCCAGUAACUGGGAGCGGUUGGCCCAGAAGGGGGUAACCUGUCAUAUAUCCACCUCGACGUUCUAUAUGUUCAGAAGCUCUGUCACCAUAAGCAUCUUUUCACGCGUGGUCUUCAUAGCCUUCGGAGGGAAAAAGGUACGAAUAUCUGGAUUCCAACA